UGUCUGCGGCGGCCACCAUCAAUAAAGUUGUUGUUUUGCCAGCAUGGCGGCGCCCAUGGUGACAGACUGGUGUUCGCCUAAGGUGGGAAUCGAGGCGUAAGGAUCCGCAGGCUAGAGCCUGUGAGCAGGGCCUUCCUGCCUUCUGAAGAAUGGCUCCUGCUUGGCAGAGACUGGGUUUAUAUGCCUCUUUUCUGAAAAGACAGCCAAAUAGUGGGCCAGAUGUCAUCAAGUUGGGAAGGAGAGUGAUUCCGGGCUGUUUCAGAGAUAUUUACAGCGCCACAGGAAAGUGGACCAAGGAGUACACAUUGCAGACGAGAAAGGAUGUUGAGAAAUGGUGGCAUCAACGAAUAAAAGAACAGGCUUUCAAAAUUUCAGAAGCUGAUAAAUCAAAGCCUAAGUUUUACGUGCUUUCCAUGUUCCCCUAUCCUUCCGGCAAGCUGCACAUGGGCCACGUACGUGUGUACACCAUCAGUGACACCAUUGCCCGCUUCCAGAAGAUGAGAGGGAUGCAGGUCAUCAAUCCCAUGGGAUGGGAUGCAUUUGGGUUGCCUGCUGAAAAUGCUGCGAUUGAGAGGAAUCUACAUCCAGAAAGUUGGACACAAAGUAAUAUUAGACACAUGAGGAAACAGCUUGAUCGACUGGGCCUGUGCUUCAGCUGGGAUAGGGAAAUAACCACAUGUUUACCAGAUUACUACAAAUGGACUCAAUAUCUCUUUAUUAAACUCUAUGAAGCUGGACUGGCCUAUCAGAAGGAGGCCUUGGUUAACUGGGACCCAGUGGAUCAAACAGUGCUUGCCAAUGAGCAGGUGGAUGAACAAGGCUGUUCGUGGCGUUCUGGAGCCAAGGUGGAACAGAAGUACCUCAGACAGUGGUUUAUUAAGACAACUGCUUAUGCAAAGGCCAUGCAGGACGCGUUGGCAGACCUUCCGGAAUGGUACGGAAUAAAAGGCAUGCAGGCCCACUGGAUCGGGGACUGUGUGGGCUGCCACCUGGACUUCAUGUUAAAGGUUGAUGGGCAAGUCACAGGAGAAAAGCUGAGUGCCUACACGGCCACGCCUGAGGCCGUUUAUGGCACCUCCCACGUGGCCAUCUCUCCCAGCCACAGACUCUUACACGGGCAUGGCUCCUUGAAGGAAGUCUUUCGGAAGGCUCUCAUUCCUGGCAAAGAUUGCCUCGCGCCGGUGACGGCUGCAAACAUGCUCACCCAGCGGGAGGUCCCAAUCAUCAUCUUGGCCAAUGCUGGCUUUGAGGGCUCUCUGGAUGCAAAAAUAGGAAUUCCCAGCACCAGCUCAGAGGACACCAUCUUAGCCCAAACCCUGGGCCUCCCCUACUCUGAAGUCAUUGAAACACUGCCAGAUGGCACAGAGAGACUGAGCGGCUCUGCUGAGUUCACAGGUAUGAGCCGGCAGGAUGCAUUUCUAGCCCUGACUGAGAAAGCCCGGAGGAAGAGAGUGGGUGGAGACGUGACAAGUAAUAAACUGAAGGACUGGCUGGUCUCGAGGCAGCGGUACUGGGGCACACCCAUCCCCAUGGUCCACUGCCCGGCCUGCGGACCCGUGCCCGUGCCUCUGGAGGACUUGCCCGUGACUUUGCCCAGCAUCGCCUCUUUCACCGGCAAGGGAGGCUCCCCACUGGCUACGGCUUCCGAGUGGGUGAACUGCUCCUGCCCUAGGUGCAAGGGAGCAGCCACGAGGGAGACAGACACGAUGGAUACCUUUGUGGAUUCUGCUUGGUACUACUUCAGAUAUACUGACCCUCAUCUUCCUCCCAGCCCUUUCAGCACAGCGCUGGCAGAUUACUGGAUGCCUGUGGAUUUGUACAUUGGAGGGAAAGAACACGCUGUCAUGCACUUGUUCUAUGCGAGAUUCUUUAGUCAUUUUUGCCACAAUCAAAAAAUGGUUAAACACAGAGAGCCUUUUCAUAAGCUGCUGGCCCAAGGCCUUAUCAAGGGGCAGACAUUCCGCCUACCAUCUGGACAGUAUCUACAGCGAGAGGAGGUGGAUCUCACAGGCUCUGCUCCUGUUCAUGCAAGCACGAGGGAGAAGUUAGACGUGACUUGGGAGAAGAUGAGCAAAUCCAAGCACAACGGUGUGGACCCCGAGGAGGCGGUGGAACAGUAUGGCAUCGACACCAUCCGCCUCUACAUCCUUUUCGCCGCCCCUCCUGAGAAGGAUAUCUUGUGGGAUGUGAAGACCGAUGCGCUCCCCGGGGUGCUGAGAUGGCAGCAGCGUCUGUGGUCCUUGGCAACUCAAUUCAUCGAGGCCAGGGUUUCUGUGAAGGUUCCCAGGCCUGAGCUGUUGAGUAACGAGGAGAAAGCUGAAGCCAGGAAGCUGUGGGAGUACAAGAACUCAGUCAUCUCUCAGGUGACUGCCCAUUUCACAGAGGACUUCUCACUGAACUCGGCGAUUUCUCAUCUGAUGGGACUCAGCAGUGCCCUCUCGCAAGCUUCGCAGAGCGUUGUUCUCCACAGCCCUGAGUUCGAGGACACUCUGUGUGCCCUGAUGGUGAUGGCUGCUCCCAUGGCCCCUCACAUAACCUCGGAGCUCUGGGCAGGCCUGGCACUGGUGCCGAGGAAGCUGUGUGCCCACUAUGCCUGGGACGCCGGCGUGCUGAGUCAGGCCUGGCCGGCCGUGGACCCGCAGUUCCUCCAGCAGCCCGACGUCGUGCAGAUGGUGGUUCUGAUCAACAACAAAGCCUGCGGCAAAAUCCCUGUGCCCCAGCAAGUCGCCCGGGACCAGGACAAAGUCCACGAACUGGUUCUCCAAAGCGAGCUGGGUAUCAGGCUCUUACAAGGAAGAAGCAUCAAGAAGGCCUUCCUCUCCCCCAGAACUGCCCUCAUCAACUUCCUGGUGCAGGAGUGACUGCAGGGACACUGCAGCUGCCACAGGGCCUGUGAGGCCCCUCCUGCAGGCCUGGGGGGACGGGAAGGAGUCUGAGGCCCAGGGACAGGGAAAAGCCAAUGUCUUGAAUGUGUGUCUUCGUCCCCUGACAGGCUGGCGUCAACAGGGUACCUCUGCAGCGUGGCCUGGUGCAGGGGAGAGGGUGGGUGUGGGCAGAGGAGAAAUAUGAGGGUGGGCAGGGGGAGCCUGUUCCUCCCCUGACCAUUGCAGGGUUGGGGAAGCGUCAGGCCGCGGGUGAAGCCACUAGAGAUUCGGCUGGGCAGGAGCAGGAGGGAGAAAGGAGGAGCAAGUGAGGUGAGCACGAUGCCUCUCGAGCAGCCUGGGAGCCUGGACCCAGGAAACCACCGCCUUAGGCGCAUCCCAGGAACAUGAGGCUAAACAGGGGAACCACGGGGGCUCGGGAACAGCCACUGUCGAGCAGGUAACAGAGCCUCGGCAUCAUGGUGGGUGGUCUCCCACCCUCAGGUUAGUUGGAGAAGACAUUUGGGUCGUGUCCAAACAUCCACUGUGGAAUGGACACUGUGGUCUUCAGAAGCUGCUCAGAAUCGAGGCAAGUGGUGUUAGUCCCGCUGCCAGCAUCCCCACCGCCCCUCAGCCCUGCCGGGCGGGCUGCUUCCUCCCCAGCGCAGCUGGACGCUGAGACUCAGGCUCUUGGGUGAAGCACCGCUUCCUGCUGUGACCGGUGAGCAGCACUUCCUAACCACUCCCUCAGGGUAUAAAAUUUGCUGUGAAGUGAAGCGGAACCAAGCUGGUUCCAAUCCUAGACAGAACCCAUCUCGGAGCCCGCUGCUGCCAGACAGGGAGUCUGCUCACGUGAGCCCCAGAUGGCGAUGCCACCGUGGGUGUGGUCCCCAGAGGCAGUCAUGAAGAAGAGCAAGUUCAGCGCAGAGGGUGGGACGGAUGCCACCCGGGCACCACCUCCUGUGUUUGAGCCAGAGCAAUCAGGCUGCCAGGGAGACACCAGGACUGGACCCGUGUCACUGCAUAUUAGGGUAAUCCUGGCUUUCUGUGAAGUCAGCACGGGUGGUCUCACCAGAACUGGCCUAAGCCACUGAUUACUAUUUAAUGGGGGGAGGAGGAGGAGAAUCUAGCCAUUCUGUGGCGCUGAAAAUCUGUGUUUGUUCUCUGAUGGCUUUUUCUGAAGUAGCCUCAGAUGUGGUCCCCUGCAGUUCAGCAGUUAACAGAUGAUUUUUUUUUAAUGGAAUAAAGUGUUUGUCAUGUACGA